GCGCGUCGCAAGAACUUGACGAGACCGACUUUGAGACGCGCUACUUUUUCCGUUACAUUAGUUUUCGCUCGUCUACGAUCGCACGAGUGUCAGAAGAAUUCAUCAAUGAUAACUCGCAAUUAAAGCUACCACGCAGCGUCCCGUUAUCGCGGGGUGUGCGCAAGACGAGAGUUAUUGAUUCUCAUUGCGAACGGACGGUGGUAAUUCGACGAGCAUACUCGGAGCACACCUGGUCGCCAAGGUAGGCGACGUGCGUUUCACCUACUUUCGUCAUCGCUGUGAUUUCGAUUGUUUUAAGGACUGUUUAAAGUGCUAGUCUACAUUAAUUCUUAGAAGCCAAGAUGAAGAUCGGAUUGUUGAAGCACUUUAUGCAUUACUUCAACCUGAGGCAGGGUACAAUAGUAAUCGCCAUAUUCCAAAUGUUAACAUCCGGGUUGGGUAUGAUAUUCUUCAUUCUGGGUGUGACGCACGCAUUGGGGAUUCAAGAAAUGUUGGCGAGAGAUACAGAAGAUGCACUCGAAAGGGAGGCCUUGGAGGAGAUAUCAUCGUUUCAUCUCAACAAAGAAAAGUUGGAACUGGCGCAUCACACCGCAACCGAAUUGGAAUACGCGAUGUAUUGCGGUCUCGUCAUCACAGUUAUUCAUUUCAUCUCUAGCGUGUUACUUCUCUAUGGGGCUUUGACGAGCAAUCGUCAUUUUAUGACGCCAUGGAUGAUAGUCAAGAUCACUAUCAUAGCAGCCCUAGCGAUCUCAUUAUUCCUGGUAGAGGAGGAUUGUCCUUUCCUCGCUAGUCUAGGCGGAAAAGCUGAUAUUUGCCAACGCCUAAUCGUCUUUUUCCUGAUAAUCGCGAGCUUUUACGUCUGGUUCGUGGUGUACAGUACUUAUAAAAGCCUCGAGACAAAGAAGGGACUUACGCACGAAGUGCACAUUAUGAAAAAAAAGUACGCAGUACCCGUACCGCUGGAGGUACCAAAAGCGGUUCAGAUUUCGGUGAACAAGCCUUACGAAAUUUAAAAAUAUUAUGAAAUAGCAAUGGAGAAUUUCUUUGUCAAUGUACGUUUUUACGGGGUAAAUUACGAAGAUAAGGAAACGUAAUUUACUUCAUAAAACCGCAAGAUUCAAUUGCGAUCUCAGUGACGUAGAUACAUUUUGAAAAAUCGUGUGCUUUUGGACAAAUUUAGAAAUCUGGAUUUAUUUAGCACCAAUUUAGAGGUGAUUAUAAAAUCGUGAAAUAAAGUACAUCUCGGAAAUGAAAUAAUUAAUUGCAAACUGACGGAAGGUAAUAAAAACAUGUAUCGCACGUAUAGGAUAAAGAAAGUAAAGUUCAAGAAAAUCUGCAAGGAACACGCUUCUUCAUAUUUGAAUAUUUCUCUUUGUUUUGCCUUGUUAUAAUUGCAUAUUUUUUUACGUUCGUGC